GUAUCAGGUGUAGGUAGGCCAAGGGCAAAUAUUUUAUAUUAACGGACUUUGUAAACUGGAAGCGCCGAAUUUACCCAUUUGAACCACCAUAUCAGAAAGAUAAAUUAUUGAGCACAACGAAGAAUACGGCAUUUAAAGUUUGGGUUAAUGGGUUGUCGGGAAUGUCCUGAGAUACAAAACUAAGUACAACAAACAUUAGCUAGUGCUUGCCGCUGUAGCACAAUCCAAGUAGCGAAGGAGCCACUUCACAAGUCAUAAGCAACUUAUUUUCUCUUUUGCCUAUUUCCCCACAAAAACCUCUGGUACCAGUCAAUCAAGACUGGACAUAUGCCAUUUAGGAUAGCCGUUAUUUCGAAUCAGCUGGCUGGCUGGCUGCGCGGUUAGCCAGUUGUACUUCGGAGGAAGAUUGUGACCGGCGAGAGUGUCCGUCCACCCCAACGCCAUGGCUGGUGGUAUCACCGAGAGCGGGGAGCCCUACUCCCCGUUUGUGGGGCUAGUGUACAUGUUCAACCUGAUCGUAGGCACUGGGGCAUUGACCAUGCCCAGGGCCUUCGCCACGGCUGGCUGGGUGGUCAGUCUGGCGCUCAUCUCCUUCCUGGCCUUCAUGAGCUACAUGACCACCACGUUCGUGAUCGAGGCGAUGGCUUCAGCCAAUGCUCAGCUGCGCUGGAAGAGGAGAGAGCAGGAGGAGGUGGAAGACAGCGACUCCACCUCUGAUUACUCUGACGAUGAUGUCAUCAUCAGGGGACGGCCGGAGGCAAGGCCGAUUCUGUCCAUCCAGAGGCCUGGAGGCCCAGUGGAUCAGUUUGACAUCGUGGAGCGUGUGGAGAUGGGUCAGAUGGCCUCCAUGUUCUUCAACAAAGUGGGGGUCAACAUGUUCUACAUCUGCAUCAUCGUGUACCUGUACGGAGACCUGGCCAUCUACGCUGCCGCAGUGCCUCUGUCCCUCAUGGAGGUGGCCUGUGGGAACCAGUCGUGCAGUGCAGGCAGUGUACAGUACAACGACACAGAUGUGUGUUGGGGAUCGAUCAGCAGAUUAAACGCAUACAGAGUCUUCCUGAGUGUUUUCACCGUGAUGAUGGGUCCGUUCACCUUCUUCAACGCUCAGAAGACCAAGUACCUCCAGAUCCUCACCUCCCUCAUGCGCUGGAUAGCGUUCACCAUGAUGAUCAUCCUGGCUCUGAUCCGCAUCGGUGCAGGUCGUGGUGAAGGCCGGCCCCCAGUUGCCCAGCUCUCCGGCGUCCCCAACCUGUUCGGGGUGUGCGUCUACUCCUUCAUGUGCCAGCACUCCCUCCCCUCGCUGGUCACGCCCAUAUCCGACAAGACUCGCGUGGGCGCCCUGGUGGUGACGGACUACGUCCUCAUCCUGGCCUUCUACUCCCUCCUCUCCUUCACCGCCAUCUUCUGCUUCGACUCCUCGCUCCUCCACGACAUGUACACGCUCAACUUCACCGACAACUGCGACGUGCUGGACGUCCCGGCGCUGCGCUACUUCCUGGGCCUGUUCCCCGUCUUCACCAUCAGCACCAACUUCCCCAUCAUCGCCGUGACGCUGCGUAACAACUGGAAAACGCUGUUUCACCGCGACGGCGGGACGUAUCCCUGGGUGGUGGACCGCAUGGUGUUCCCCCUCAUCACGCUGGUGCCCCCGGUCAUCGUGGCGUUCUGCACCCACAACCUGGAGUCCCUGGUGGGCAUCACGGGCGCGUACGCCGGCACGGGGAUCCAGUACGUGAUCCCGGCGCUGCUGGUGUUCUUCAGCCGGAGGCAUCUGGAGCCGGUGGUGGGCAGGGAGGCGGUGAACAAGCACCGCUCUCAAACCUUCAGACACGCCUUCUGGGUGUGGUUCGUGGUCGUCUGGGCCGCCUUCUGCCUCAUGUUUGUCACGGCCAACAUCAUACUGACGGAUACGAAGAAGUAGAGGAGGGAAGCAGGGAAGACUCAGUGACUGUGUGUCUCUCUCUCUAUGUCUCUCUCUCUCUCUCUCUCUCUCUCUCUCUCUCUCUCUCUCUCUCUCUCUCUCUCUCUCUCUCUCUCUUCUCUGUCUCUCUCUCUCUCUCUCUCUCUCUGUCUCUCUCUCUGUCUCUCUCUCUCUCUCUCUCUCUCUAUGUCUCUCUCUCUCUCUAUGUCUCUCUCUCUCUGUCUCUCUCUGUCUCUUUCUCCCUCUGUCUGUCUCUCCUCAUCUGUGUUCCUGAGGCGUUGCAGACAUGGACGUGUGCCUUUAUAAAACUUGACUUUUGUAGCAUGUUUCAAGGACAUCUCUGUUAUUGUGAUCAGCUCUGCUCAAUCAAACGUGUUGAAAGGGACCAAACACAUCCUGAAGCAUGCGUUUCCGGGGAAACGGGACAGCUACAGUGCUUUAGGGUCAUGUGACUA